AUGGCUGAUCAGGGGAGAAAGCGGUCCCGAGUGGCCUGCACCUCCUGCCAGUCCCGCAAGCGUAAGUGCUCAGGUGACCAGCCAUGCACGACAUGCGCGCAAUUCGGCUCAGACUGCCACUAUGACCUGCUCUCGCGCAAGAAGAAAGACAUCCGGCAUUUUCAAUCGCAGUCGGGCCCUCUGCUCAGCUCGGGUGCGCUCCCAACCGAGAUUGCCGCCAAACGACCCGACCAGGCGACUUCAGCGUCGUCGCUGGCCGCACUACUCGUCAAGGCGCUGGAGGCGAAUUCCGGCGCCGCAUUCGCGCGACGACUGAACCCCAAGAACGAGCUCGCCGGCACCUCGAAACUCCAUCUGUUCGGCUGGAAUGUUGGGGCCCGGUAUCCGACCCCCGAAUGGACGCAGUCUCUAGCCACCGUCAAGCCCAGGCCCGUCGUGGAGAUCAUCUCCCAGGACGAAAUGCGGUCCCUGGCCGGGGUCUUCUUCGAGAAAGUUGAUCCAUGCUACCCCUUCAUCGACCGCGACACUCUCCUCCGCCAAGUGGGCCGGCGAUGGCUACCGCCAGCAGCCGAGUCCGCACUGGCAUACGGACCCUACGACGCGGUGCUCUGCGGCGUCGCAGCCUUCGGAUACCUCUUCUCCCGGCGCCACGCCAUCCCCGCAGAACUGCACCUGGUCGAGUCGGCUCGCUCCAUCCUCGAACAGAGCCUGCAAGCCGACCCAGCCUCCCCGCUGGACACUGUAACGGGGUGGGUGCUGCGCGUCGCCUACCUACGCAUGACCACCACCGCACACGCAGCGUGGAUGGCCAGCUGCACGCUCAUGCACCUCAUCGAAUCCACCGGCCUGCACCAGGAACCGUCUUCGCAUAUCGCGCUCGACCGGGCCACGGAACCAGGCACCCCAGAAACGCGGCGCCGUCUCUUCGGCAUGGCGCGCCACCUGAACGUAUGGAUCUCCUUCGAACUCGGGCGGUCCCGCGUCGUACUCCAAGGCGCAACCACAACCACCUCCUCACCAUCAUCCUCUUCUUCUUCUUCUUCUUCCUCCUCCUCCUCCUCCUCUUCUCUCCCUCCAGCCCCGCAUCCAAUCCCCACCACCACCACCACCACCACCGACAUUUACAACCUCCUCCCUAUAUCGGAGAGCCUCGACCCCACCGAAGCCCAGCACACAUCCAACCUCGAAGCCGCCCUGACCUCCGUGCUGGAUAUCGGGUACGUCCAGCCGCACCUCAUCCUGGUGCAAUGCAACCUCAUGCUCUGCAUCUACCGCCGCCUGCGGGCCUUCAACUCGCUCAUCCCAGCGGACCUCCUGGAUCGCGUGCUCGCUCUCUCGCGCAGGGGCCUCCGGGCCGCCGCCGACCUCGUCGCCAUCAACAGCCCCUGGCACCAGACCGCCAACGUGCCGUUCCAGGUCGUCUGCACGCUGCUCGCAAUCGAUACCCGCGCCUCCCUGGGCAUGCUCCGCGAUGCCAUGCGCACCCUGCACCAGGUCGCCGCCGCCUAUGACACCGAGGUCAUGCGCGAGGCCUACACCACCGCUUACCUGAUGGUGCUCGUGCACCACCGCCGCAAGGAAGAAGAUAUGCGCUCCCUCCGCGACGUGCUGCAGUUGGGCCGCUCUCCUGGACUUCCGCAGCUGCCGGUGGCAGUGGCAGUGGCAGCGCCGGUCGCAGAGCCGCCGGUCACAGAGCCCGCCCUGCAGUCGGACCAUACGCUUUCGGAUUAUCCCGGGUUUACGUGGCUCAGCGAUAUCUUGCUGGAUAUUCCUAGUCUACGGGAUUUCGAUAUGGAUGGGUCAUGA